AUGGGCGACUCGUCGCAGUUCGUCGUGACAACGAAAACCCCUGUACUCGUCGCUCCCAAGUCAGAAACUCCAAAGGGACUUUACUAUCUCUCAAAUCUUGAUCAAAACAUUGCCGUGAUGGUCAAAACGUUAUAUUACUUCAAAUCGAAGUCAAGAACCAACCAAGAAGCCUAUAGUGUGAUAAAGAAGUCUCUCUCUGAGGUUCUUGUUCAUUACUACCCUGUGGCUGGACGGCUAACGAUCAGCCCGGAAGGGAAGAUCGCCGUGAACUGCACCGGUGAAGGAGUAGUGUUGGUGGAAGCUGAGACUAAUUGUGAGAUAGAUAUGAUCCAAGAGGCUAUCUAUGAGAAUAGAAUGGAGAUAAUCGAGAAAUUUGUUUACGACCUUCCUGAUGCCCGGAAUAUUCUUGAGAUUCCGCCGGUGAUAAUUCAAGUGACAUAUUUCAAAUGCGGCGGUUUUGUCCUAGGACUAGGCAUGAGCCACAACUUGUUUGAUGGACUCGCUGCUUCGGAAUUUCUCAACUCGUGGUGUGAGACGGCCAAGGGCAUCCCCUUAACUGUCCCACCUUUCUUGGACCGUACCAUUCUCCGGCCACGACACCCGCCAAAAAUCGAGUUCCCACACAAUGAGUUCAAUGAAAUCGAAGAUAUUUCUGGCAUCAGUAAACUCUACGAUGAAGAAAAACUUGUCUACAAAUCAUUUCUCUUUGAAUCCGGAAAGCUAGAGAAGCUCAAGAACAUGGCAACUGAAGAAAAUAUUAAUGGUAACAAUAAGGUUACAACAUUUCAAGCCUUAACCGGAUUUCUUUGGAAAUCAAGGUGUGAGGCGCUAAGGUUUAAACCGGACCAACGGGUUAAGCUUCUCUUUGCUGCUGAUGGACGGUCAAGAUUCAUCCCACCUAUCCCGGUUGGAUAUUGCGGGAAUGGGAUUGUGUUAACCGGUUCGGUGACUUCAUCGGAAGAAUUGGUUGGGAAUCCUCUUUCUCAUUCGGUUGGUCUGGUUAAGAAAGUGGUCGAGUUAGUUACUGACGGUUUCAUGAGAUCAGCGAUUGAUUACUUGGAGAUGAACCGGACCCAGCCGAGUUUGACAGCCACACUUCUCAUCACGUCAUGGUCGAGAUUGACACUGCAUAAAUUGGAUUUCGGCUGGGGCAAACCGGUUUUCUCUGGACCGGUUGGUUUACCGGGGAAAGAAGUUAUUUUGUUUUUGCCAGGUCUCAACGAUACGAAGAGUAUCAAUGUGUUCCUUGGACUUCCUUCUCCGGCUAUGAAGAUAUUUGAAGAACUUAUGAAAAUUUAA